GCACUAGCUCUAUUCGGGCUAGGGCGACACAGCUCCAACUGCCACUGCGAGGGUCCGUGCGUGCAGCUCGAGGCUCAAGGCAACGCAGAUUACGGCAUGCUUCUGGCUUCCAUGCCCUUCAUCACCAUCCAGCAUCACGACCACGACUCUCACCUCAACAGCCCACAACAACCUCAUCCAGAGACUCAUAUUCACUGCAGAUACUGAGGGUUCCACGAUACAUAUCACUCGAUCAAGCGGAUUGCCAACAUGCCUUCCGCGACCGGCUCCAGCUGGGAAAAAUACCAGAAGAACUUUGCCGACGAUGAGGUAGAAGAGAAGAAGAUCACACCUCUUACCGACGAGGAUAUCCAAGUACUCAAGACGUAUGGCGCCGCUCCAUAUGGAACUGCCCUCAAGAAACUCGAGAAGGAGAUCAAAGACAAGCAGCAAAGCGUCAAUGAGAAGAUUGGCGUGAAAGAAUCAGAUACCGGACUCGCACCCCCCCAUCUAUGGGAUGUCGCUGCCGAUCGCCAACGCAUGUCAGAGGAACAGCCUUUUCAGGUCGCACGAUGCACGAAGAUCAUCGCGGAUGAGAAGGGCGACGAGUCGAAGAGCAAAUACGUUAUCAACGUCAAGCAAAUCGCAAAGUUCGUCGUUCAACUAGGCGAGCGCGUCAGUCCGACAGAUAUCGAAGAAGGCAUGCGGGUGGGCGUCGACCGCAACAAGUACCAGAUCAUGCUGCCGCUACCGCCCAAGAUCGAUGCUAGCGUUACCAUGAUGACAGUCGAGGAGAAGCCGGAUGUGACCUAUGGCGAUGUCGGUGGCUGCAAAGAACAGGUCGAGAAGCUGCGUGAAGUUGUCGAGAUGCCAUUGCUCUCGCCAGAGCGAUUCGUGAAUCUGGGUAUCGACCCUCCCAAGGGAGCCUUGCUGUACGGCCCUCCAGGAACAGGCAAGACUCUUUGCGCGCGAGCCGUUGCCAACAGGACCGAUGCCACCUUCAUCCGAGUCAUUGGGUCUGAGCUCGUGCAGAAGUACGUUGGUGAGGGUGCGAGGAUGGUGCGCGAGUUGUUCGAGAUGGCGCGGACAAAGAAGGCCUGCAUCAUCUUCUUCGACGAGAUUGAUGCCGUCGGUGGUGCCCGUUUCGACGACGGCGCCGGAGGAGACAAUGAGGUCCAGCGAACAAUGCUGGAGCUCAUCACACAGCUGGACGGAUUCGAUGCACGAGGAAACAUCAAGGUCAUGUUCGCCACCAACAGACCCUCGACCCUCGACCCAGCCUUGAUGCGCCCCGGUCGUAUCGACCGCAAGAUCGAGUUCUCCCUACCUGACCUCGAAGGCCGCGCGAACAUUCUCCGAAUCCACGCCAAGAGCAUGUCCGUCGAGCGCGACAUUCGAUGGGAGCUGAUCUCGCGUCUCUGCCCCAACAGCACAGGCGCCGAGCUUCGAAGUGUGUGCACUGAGGCCGGCAUGUUCGCCAUCCGUGCGCGGAGGAAGGUAGCGUCGGAGAAGGACUUCCUCAGUGCUGUCGACAAGGUGAUCAAGGGUAACCUCAAGUUCAACUCGACAGCGACGUACAUGCAAUACAAUUAAGCGCUUGGAAUUCUGUAACCGGUCAGGGCUUGUUCAUCAUGGUGUACGACUAAAUGGGUCUGGGUGCGCCGGAGCUAGAUUCAUUGAUGAAUAGACGGCGUUUAUCCAUGUUGCAUUACAGUGAACCUUCACCAGGUAUGGCCCUUUUCAACAUGCCCCGUCCGCAGUGCAUUUGUGUGUCGUCUACUACUUUCUCAUUAUGUAUGA